UGUCGGGUAGGAAGUGACGUUUCUAAGAAGAGGCGGGGCGAAGGCUCGCCCGGAAGUAGUGCCCGAUGGACAGGGCGAGUCGGGUGGCCGCGCUGGCCUUCGCCAGAGCGUGCGGCGGGGCGUGAGGCGGAAAGAAAUGCUCCUUGGAUGGAAUUUGGUUGAAAGAAAAAUAAUAAAAAUGUAAGAGGACAGAAGAAUUAAAACCAACAGCUUCUCCUGUCUCAAUAAAAUAAAGACUUACGUCUUCUCAUUUACAGGUUAAGGCUACCUUUCCAGGUAGUCCAACAGCUAAGUCACCAGUUUCCAAGGGCGUUUGCACCACUUGUGGAAAACAUCGGAUCCGUGCUCACCAGAUGUCCUUGACAACUCAUCCCACCAUCCCUUGCACAACAUUUGCUGCACCAGCAGACUGUGAAGCCGACCACUGAGCUUCUUUUCAUUACCAAGUAGAUAUAAUAUCCCUAACAACAAAACAGAGGACACAAGUGUCUCUUCAGAGUAUCACAGCCAGUUGAGACCAAGCUAAGAAAAUCAGCUUGCCUAUAUGAAGAUCCUUCUCUUCUUGGGUAGCCAGGACUUAAAGGAGAGAGACUGACCUGUGCCACUGGUAAGUGACUGACUUACACACUGAACUGGUCCUGAAAGCCGAGAUGUCUUCUUUGUAAGUGAAGAAUAUACAACAUAAUCUCAAAGAACUGCGUAGCGGUGCAAGCCAGAGGCAUACUGUGUGUGUAACGGACUCAGAAACAGGCAAGGUAAUCUUGUUGAAAGGAUUUUUCAUCUUUUGUUCUGUUUGCCAGUGUUAGUGUUUUGCUGGCUUCAAUUGUUACCUUUUUCUGGUUCUUUCUUUUCUAUUCCAAUGGGUCCCAGAAACCCCUCUCCUGGUCCCUUAUCAGAAUCAGAAAGUGAGGAAGAAGAAAACGCUAACUACCUAAAUGAGAGUUCUGGGGAAGAGUGGGAUUCCUCUGAAGAAGAGGACCCUGUGGUGCCCAACCUGACACCUCUGGAGAGUCUUGCCUGGCAGGUUAAGUGCCUUUUAAAAUAUUCAACUACUUGGAGACCUUUAAAUCCUAAUUCCUGGUUGUAUCAUGCUAAACUCUUAGAUCCAAACACACCAGUCCAUAUACUUCGAGAGAUAGGUCUAAGGCUCUCCCAUUGCUCCCACUGUGUACCCAAACUCGAACCCAUUCCUGAGUGGCCACCUCUGGCUUCUUGUGGCGUCCCACCUUUUCAAAAGCCGCUGACAAGUCCCAGCCGGCUUUCCAGAGAUCACGCUACUCUAAAUGGAGCGCUGCAAUUUGCCACCAAACAGUUAAGCCGAACCCUGAGUAGAGCCACUCCCAUCCCUGAAUUCCUAAAACAGAUCCCUAAUUCGUGUGUUUCUGGUUGUUGCUGUGGCUGGUUAACUAAAACAGUUAAGGAAACAACCCGCACUGAACCCAUCAAUACCACUUACUCUUACACUGACUUCCAGAAGGCAGUUAACAAACUCCUAACUACAUCCCUGUAAAGAUUCACCCUUUGCUCUGGUAUCUCCUGUUUCUGAUUGAGAAAGCAGUGCAAGUUACACAGCCCAGAGCUGAGAAAGGAAAGCCUUCUCAGCCAAACUGCCCUGUCCUGACAAGCUGAAUAUCUAUCCAAGGGGCCCAUCAAUCAACUACAGAAAACAUGCAUUGUGAGCACUCACUUUGACAGAUCCUGUGGAAAAACAAGAACUUCAAUAGAGAAUUCGUCAAAAGGAACAGGGUUGCAAAAAAUAAAUUGACUACUCUCCACAUUCAGUUCUCCCCAGUUUACUCUGCCUAACUGAAUAGACUCUAACUCUAGGUAUCUAAAGAUUGAUGGGAAGGACAGGGCAGGCUACUCUUCUUACCCAGCCUUCACAGCAGCCACUGUGGAAAGUGGGAGGUUAGCUACUCCGAGUAGUACCUUCCCUAAGCAUACCCUUCUCUGACAUUCAUUUUUAGGGAGGUAGUUGCAAAGGUGGGAAUAUGGUUUAUCUCACAGCUUUUAUAUGGAUAGGUCUGCUUAUGGCAUUAAACAGGCACCUAUUCUAUAAGGAAUUUAUUUCCUGCAUCUUGGCACCCAGACUUUAGUCAAGAGGAAAUGAAAUACAUUCCAAAAGACCAAAGAGAAAGGAUUAUAAGAGAGCAUUUAUGUUUUCUAUACUAACUGCUAGUGGAUUAAAGUAUUUCAGUCUGUAUGUUUCCUGGUACAGCACUUAAUGCACUUUCCCAUCCAUUGCAAACUUUCCAGGAUCGCUUCUAAAUGGAAAGAACCUUACUAUGGAAAGUCUCAGCCUAAUAUAACCUGAAGUUAGAGUUUUUUAGUAUCAUUGUUUUCCUACAUAUAUUAGCUUUAGAUCUAUAUAAACAAGAACGUAUAUGUACUCUUGUAAAUGGGUCUUGCAGUGUAUUUAGAUGAGUCAAAAUGUAAAAGUCAACAUAAAUAAAAUGCAUGAGACCGUUCGAUCUUUUCACACUAUAAAGACUGAAACCUGUGUAUGGUCUUGGUUGACGGCAUCUAAAGGGCUCAAAAAUAGAUUGUUAAAGAUUUAUCUUAUACCCCCUUAGUUUAGUUUUGCUUUUUCCUAUUCUCCAUAACUAAGUGCUAUCUACAAUGUGGCAUCAAAAUCUUAAAGCAUUAAUAGAAUCACAAAUUCUGUAAAUGUGUAGCAACUUUAGGAAAGAGAAGGGUGUUUAUAACCAAAAUGGUAUUUUCUGCUGAGCCUUAGUUGUCUUAAAGAAAAAAAGGAAGAGAUUGUAAUUGAUAGAAAAAUGUUUGUUGGUAGAAAAUGAUUGAACUGAAACCAUAUACACUUAGUGUAACUGAAUGUAUCAGAAACUGUUCCUAUGUAGAUGUUUUCUGUGAAACUGGUUUUUAAAAUGUUACAACCUGUUUGUUUGUUUGUUUGUUUUGUUUGUUUUUUCUUAAAUGGCUGUAAAGUGAGGUAGAUAAUUGGUAGUCAUCGGAUAACUUUCAUAGUCUCUUCAUGAUGUAGUCUGGUCUCUCGGUGGAAGAUGCUCCAUUCCUGAUGCAAGCCUCUCGAGGACUUUGGUAACUGCAACAAAUUGCUCAUGAUUAGCUCUUUGGUCUUUUCACCUGCAUUUACAACUGAGUCAACAUCCUCAUUUGACAUCCCAUAAAUAGUCUUUAAGCCUUCAUGGUCAAGUUGUGCCAGCUUUAUCUUCUUGAACGGCGGUUCUUGCAGCACCUCUUCUCUUGUUCGGAGACCUCUGCAUUGAGUUCUCUUGUGGUUCUGUAAUCCUUGAAUGUUCCCUUGCGUUUUCUUUUGAACAAGAGAGCAGCUCUAAAGAGAUGAGGGAACGAUUGCUGAGUGAGUAGGUAAUGACCCCCAAGCUUAAGAAUCUUCAAGUAUUGAAACUUCUUCUCAGUAUGUUGUUGAAUAAGCUUCUCAAGCUUGAUGAAUCUUACAGCAUCAGCAGUUACUUGUUGAAUCAUCAUCACCCUUGAGAAACCAUCAUUUAUAAGAGAGCUGAUUAUUGUAUAAGGUGUCAUCUCUGCAAAUGAUGAAAUCAGCCGAAGUCGGGUAACAAACGCUCUUGAAGUGGGCCCAGGAAGAUCACUAUCAUCAAUGAAUAGGAGUGUGUUAAGGAUCUUCACGUCAAGUUCCUCAGAACUCAGCCACUCGGUGGACUCACGAAGAUCUAGAGCCGGAUCUGGAUCAAUGGUUGGUGCCUGAAUACAAGGUCACAUGAAGUACGUUAAAUCUCUUAUUGACCUGUUGCAUAGGAUUCUGUUGAGGCCUCUUUACGAGACAGAACAUCAUAGCAAGCGCAAUUUUGACAAUUCUUUUUCCUGUCAUAUCAUCUAGUUCCACAUUGGGUCCCCAUUCAACAGGUUCUGUUGAGGCAUUGAUUGAUCCUCUAUUCAUUGGCAUGGAUGUAUUUGUCCCAUGGUCUUCCUUCUAGGUUGUACAAAAGAGGGAAUGUGGCCAGUAGACAUGUGACGCUUAUGAAGACUCCACUGUCUAUAGUCAUUUGUUUCAUAACGGUUAAAUUGUGCAAAUUCGUACCUUCGGCUUGACAUAUCUGCUCUCAAGGAGGUAGAUACAAAUUCACACCAGUAUGGUGUACCAACUCUAUGUGAGAAUACAUUGUGUCACACAACCUGUUUUUUUAAGGGGAGGUGUGAAAGAUAGGGAAAUCAAAAAAUUAAAAUACGAUGUAUAUGUUCCUUUUUCUCUGUGUGUGUGUGUGUGUGUGUGUGUGUUGCGUGUGUGUGUGUGUAUGUAUAAAAAUACCUUGCUCAUAGACACAUUUUUGCUAUUCACUCCUAAAGGAACCCUUUCCCCAACUUUGUAGCUGAAUAAACCAACAGCUUUGUACAUGC